GAAAUGCCCUCGACAAUUAUUAACUGGUCCUGAUGUGAACUGGGCUCUUCACUCUGCUUUGUCGUACAGGACUUUAAUUCCUGACAAAAUGUGUGUGAGAUAUCUUGGAUUUGUUCUUCUGGUUUGGUUUCCAGGAGUACUGCACGCACAAAGUGCAGCUCAGCCUUGUCGCGCUCCCCGUCUGAACGGUGGUUAUUUGGUCCCUGAAAAAGAAGCUUAUUUUCAUGGAAUGACGCUCAGUUAUGGCUGUGAUGACGGACUGAAACCAGCAGUGGAGGGUUGGUGGGCAACGAGCACAUGUCAUAAUGGUUCAUGGUCCCAUGAGCCACAAUGUAUAGAUGAAAAAGCCUGCCUGCCACCAGAUAUACCCAAUGCAAAAUACACAGCAAGCCAAAAUGGUUGGUAUAAGGAUGAAUACAAACUCAGAAUAACAUGUGACAAUGGAUAUGAACCCAAGGACCGGCAAAUCACAACCAAGUGUAUAAAUGGAACAUGGUCCUCUGUGCUGGUCUGUGAGAAGAGUAGCGAUUCAUGUGGCGAGCCCCCUAAAAUCCCCCAUGCAGUCAUCAUUCAUCAGAGGCACCAGGAGGUGUAUCCUGUAGAUACAAAACUGCAGUAUGAAUGUGAAGAUGGAUAUACUGUAGAGGGAGCAGACACCACAAAGUUGAUCUUUUGCUUUUCUGGAAACUGGACUGAAGGCCCAACGUGCAGCAGAGAAACCAGACCAGUUGCUGGACAGGGUGGUUCUGCAGAGGUGGGAACAGCUGGAGGACACUCCACAUCUGCUGGGAGUGGGACACAACCUGAAGGUGGAGGAUCAUCUACCACCUCUGGCUCGACUGACAGAGACAGUGGGCCAACAUUCAGACCAGUCAAGGACUGUGGAGAAUUCCCAAACGUUCCAAAUGGUGAUGUUGUGCAAAAUGAUCGAAUGUUUUUGAAAUACCAAUGUGAUGGCUUUCACACACUCGUCGGUGAAGCCACCGUGGCAUGUUACAGUGAUAGGACUUGGUCACCACUGCCCGUCUGCAAAGAGGCAUUUUGUGUCCUCGAUCCUGCUCAAAAUCCUCUGCCCAGUGUUAAACUAUCAACAGUUGAAUAUCUAAAGGAAGGAGAGCAGAAGUAUUUCUGGUGUAUUUGGCGAGAUGUCAGCAGACGUGUUCAGUGCACUAAUGGAAGAAUAACUUUUACACAAUGUUGUAAUGGUUAUGACCAUCAGCAGGGAAUUUGCUGGUAAAGCACAGCAGAGGAAUCACUGCUGGACUGACAACUAAAGCCAAGUUGGAAAUUUCCUCCGUCCUCCAAAUUCCUCCACAAGAGAACAACUACACCCAGUUUUUUCUUUUUGUUUAAUUUUUUAUUGAAGAUUCAUACACACAAUUUUGGAGCUGAUUGCUCUUUAACAGUCAGUUUAAUGACACGAUCAAUACUUUGAAAAGAAAUAAAGUUUAUAUGAGCUACAGUCAUCUGAAUAAAAUGUUCACUACAGAAAUCUUAA